AUGGCUGUCAACAAUAUUGAUUUACCUGCAUCUAUACUUCAAUCUGAAGAUUAUGAUUUAAUUGCAUAUGAAGCACAACGUAUUGUUGAUGAAGUUCUUGCUCAAUCAUUACUUAAUGUACAAAAUACAACUGAUAAAAAUUUAAAUGAAAAUAGACAUAAUCAUGAACGAGGCCGCUUUAUUGAAUUAGAAAAUGAUGAAUGGCAAAAAAAGUUACAAGAAAAAUCGAUUGUAAGAUGGCCAACAAUUGCUGAAUUUAUAAAUGAAAAUAUUGGUAUAGAAAAAAUUACUGAAUAUAUUGAAAAAGAAUGGAAAACAACACCCGGUGGUCAAGAUGCAUGUUGGUUAUAUGCAAUUGAUUUUCUUGAAAAAAAAUCUCUUGAAUUUAAUGAUCUUUAUAUAUAUCGAGUUCGUUAUUCAAUACCAACAAGACGACAACCAAUACCAAGACAAACAGUAUCUAUAUAUUUUACUCUUGAUGUUUCUAAAGUUAAACCGAAAAAUACAUCUAUUCAAGUUUCAUUUGUAUUGGAAACAAUGCGACUUAUUCAUUAUCCAGAUACAUUUCGUUUUCGUCAAACAUGGUUAGAAAAUACUAUAUUAUUAAAAGAAAAAAUGACAAAUGGAAUUGAUUUUUAA